UUAAAUAAGCGUGCAUGCCCAUAAUCACACACGUAGCUGUCUAAAGGUUAGCCGCGCGCUCCGUGCGCGCGUGCAGUGUGUGCGCGAACGCAUUGCUCGCGGAAACGGCAUUUGUCAAGUGAUAUUACCCGCUUUACUUUCUUUAUAACCGAAGUGGCUAACUACCUGUCUAGGCUAACGUGCAGUGAUUGAACAGGGCGGAAAAUCAAUGGUUGUGAACGCUUAUGGUUAUAUAAUACUCAUUUUGUGGAUAACCAUGGCACAGCCGGGGGGUCAAGAAAAAACAACAGCACUCAAAGAUUUGCUGUCUAGAAUAGAUUUAGAUGAGCUCAUGAAGAAAGAUGAACCACCUCUUUAUUUUCCCAGGACCCUAGAAGAAUUUGAGUAUGCCUUCAAUGACCAGGGACAGCUGAGGCACAUAAAGACUGGAGAACCAUUUGUGUUCAAUUACCGGGAGGACUUGCACCGGUGGAACCAAAAGCGAUAUGAGGCCCUGGGCGAGAUAAUCACACAGCAUGUUUAUGAAUUGCUAGAGAAAAAAUGCAACAUGACUAAAGAAAUCCUCCCGGUGGAUGCAUCUGAGGAUGAACCAAAGAGCUUCAUCUACUUGAGCAAGGAUGCCUUGAACAAUCCAGACAAGCUACUGGUGCUGAUCCAGGGAAGAGGCGUGGUCCGGGCCGGGCAGUGGGCUCGCAGGCUCAUCAUCAACGAGGAUAUAGACAGCGGAUCGCAGAUACCUUUCAUCAGCAGAGCCGCAGAGGAGGGUUACGGCGUGAUGGUCCUCAACCCCAACGAGAACUACCUGGAGGUGGAGAAGCCGGAGAAGCCGGCGGCAGAGGUCUCGCCCGACGGCCCGGACGAGCCGGCUGAGAAGCGGGAGCGCAAGGAGGAAAAGGAGGGCAAGAAGAAACGUGAUUUCUACGAGAAGUAUCGCAAACCGCAGAAGGAGAAGCAGACCGACCAGAUCCCUAUUCGGAAAAACAGCACUCCAGAGGAGCAUGUUCUGUACGUGUGGGACAACUUCAUAUCCAAAUCGGCCGCAAAGAACGUCUUCUUCAUCGCACACAGUUAUGGCGGCUUGUCGUUUGUAGAGCUGAUGAUCAAGCGUGAGGCGCAGGUGAAGAGCCGCGUGCAAGCCGUUGCCAUGACGGACUCCGUUCACAACGUCUGGCACCAGGAAGCCGGAAAGUCCACCUUAGAGUGGAUGCAGGAGCACUGCUGUAACUGGGUGUCGAGCACUGAGCCCCUGGAUACGCCAUUGGAGACCAUGUUACCCGACUGCCCCCGCAUCUCUGCAGGUACAGAACGGCAUGAAUUAACUUCCUGGAGAAGUUUCCACUCGAUUUUCAAGUUCUUUACUGCCACUCUGGAAGCACAGAACAGUGAUACGAAGCCUUCUACUUCUGUAACUACACGCAGCUCCAACAGAAAUAAACAUGAAGAAUUUUAGAGCAAGAAAAAAGAGGAUAUUAUGCCAAAAUUGUUUCUCUCUCUCAUUUUGCCCAUACUUUCUCCAUUUCCCUGCAAACGGAUAUUCCUUCCAGGCUCCAUAUAUAUAUAUAUAUAUGUUUUUUUAAUGCAGAGUCAUGGUGCGUACAUCUAAAUAAUGAUUGACAUUACUUCUGGAUGGGUGCUGCUGUCAAAGCAAUAAGGGUUCACUGCAUGUACUUCCUGUGGGCUGUGUCUUAGAUUUGAGGCUGCCCAUCAGUGUCUAGAUUAAGGAUGACAGCAGCUCAGCAUAGUGCUCCAUGCCGCACCUCUAAUUGCUAUGACAUCGUCCCUGAACUGAACUAAUGCUUGGGCAACACUGUCUCCCCCAGGUCCUGCUGCCCAGAGCAGUUUCUUCCUGAGCUCUCCCAUCUUUUCACUCACCCCUUCAUUUGCAGAAUAAUCGUAAAGCAACUAGAUAACAUGAUAACCUUAGGUUUAAUUGGAGCAUGGUAUUGUGUGUUUUGAUUUUAUUAUUAUUACUUCUGCCGUGUUUCUAGUUACUGUUUUGUUUUGACUAUUAAAUCUCACUGGUGUAUUUCACCUUUUACAUUUGGGUUUACUGCCAAGCCAUAUGUACAGUAACUGAGCUCAUUGGUGUAUAAUGGAUUUGGUCUUUUUGCUGGAUUUUAAUUAAUUGUUUUUUGAUAUCAUAAAUAUAAUUUAUGGUAAUUGCUCAUAGGUUUAGGGAUCAUAUUUUUAUACUUAAAUGCUGCUUUUUACAUAUUAUGAUGUUUUACAUGUAAAUGGUUACUGUUAAGUUAUAAGGAAAACAGAAGCAGAUUUAGCAGUUUGGUAUAAUCAAGUUUCUUUAUUACUCCAGGAGUCCUACAUUUUAAAUAUUCUUUGAAUAUAAUUUCAGAAAUGUUUACCAUUUUAACUGUAAAAAAAUCCAAAACACUGGACUGUUGAGUGUAACAAUACUUUAAUUUCUGAUUUUUGUGUUUAAAAUUUGUAAACUUAAGCAAAAUAAGACUUUUGAUUGAUUCUUCAGAUUUUCAUUGAUUCUUCAUUUGCUAAUCAAUUUCUACAUGUUUGAAUAAACCAUUAAACCAGAGUUGGCACUUCGAACUGACGAUGUAGCCUAUGGAAUCAUAAAUAAGAAGCUUUUUACAUUUUUUUCCCCCAUCAUUACUGCUUAAAUCCCAUUACAUUCAAUGUGUUUAAUUUGCAAGUUUGUAAUAUCUCAUUUCAUUAUUAAUAGUUAUUUUUUAAACCACUAGCCAUUUUUUUAUAUAUUGAGUCAUAAAUAUGUAAUCUGCAGGAACUGAUCCAGUGUACACUUUCGGUGUGUAUUUUUUUAAACAUGCGUGAUAUCAACUGCUGUUUUACACGGCAUUGUUAUCUUGGAAUAGGAAAGUUGUGAAUUAUAAUUUUUUUCUUAAUUGAAUAUCGUUGCCUUAGAAAUAAACAUGACUUUACUUCUAUAUCCAUUGUUUUUCUAAGAAAAUAAGCCACUUGUGAAAAGACCGCAGUUAAGAGACCAGUCUUAAACCAAAUCUAAAGUAUAUUUGGUACGUAGCCUAAAUUUCGCUGAAUUUCAAGUCCUUCUUCAAAAUCAAACACAUAAUGUGUGUCUGAUGGAAGUUCAGCUGCCCAAAAGACGUGAGACAAAAACGCUUCGUGAAUGUGUAAUGAAACUAAAGAAAAUAUAUACGAACCUGCUUCCAAUAAUUGUUGCUGCCAUUGUUGUUCAGGUACGUUAUACAGCAUUCUGUCAGCAAGCUUGGAGAUGGUAAAUAUUAAGUCUCCAAAACCGUGGUUUAUUUUGUCCCAUAUUUAUUUUACUUCGAAUUUAUGUAUUCCUGUUCCACCUUAAAACCUGCAUACGAACCGUUGAUAUUAAUGUAACUGAAUAAAAAAAAGUUUUGUUAUACUAACAUUUUUGUCAUUUGUAAAACUUGCCAAUUAAAUUGAAUUAUACGUGUA